CCCAGUUUGCAUCGAGUCCCUGCCCACUGUAAGUUUGUGUCCAAGUGCCAAUUCUAGUAUGGCGCACUUGGGGUUCAGAAUGAAUGCAAUGGCCCGAGCGUUUGGCCCCUGUUGUAUGGCAGAGACGCGCCAACUGGACACAAACUGCCUGUGAAUGAUGGUCAGGUCCUCCGCAAGGAAUGGGGCUUCAAGGGACUCGUCAUGUCGGACUGGAUGGGCACAUACUCGACAGCCCGUGGCCUCGAGGCCGGUCAGGAUCUCGAGAUGCCCGGCCCGACGAAAUGGAGAUCGGUGGGGGAAGUCAAGGAGCAGAUCCGGAAGGGUGCCGUCACAGAAGAGACGAUCAACACGAGCGCCCGGCGUGUCCUGGAGCUCGCCAGGCGUCUCGGGCGUUGGGACAACCCGGAGGAGCCGCCGGAGCGAUGUGUCGAAGAUCCCGCGACUAACGCGCUGAUCCGAGACGCCGGGGCGGACGGCAUCGCGUUGCUGAGGAACGAGGGCGGCGUCCUCCCGAUCACCAAGACUGCCACCGUGGCCAUAAUAGGCCAGCAUGCUACGUCGGUCGUUCUCGGCGGUGGCGGGAGCGCCCGGGUCGACGCGCAGCAUGCGAUAACACUUGUAGACGGACUGCCAAUGCUGGGCUACGACGUCAAAGUAGCCGCGGGGGUUCCGGUGUUUGGAGCAGUCCCCCAUGCCGACCCGUCCGCGGUGUUCGAGGUUGGCAACACCGAACACACUCCAGCACCCGUCAAGAUCGAGUGGUUCAACGGGCCGACGAUCGGAGAGAACCCGUCGUUCCAGGAGAUGCGGCCGCAGGCCGAGUACAUGAUCAAGGAGCGCUGGCCCGGCCACCUCGACAAGGAUUACUGCACGCGCAUCACCUUUGACCUCGUCGCCCCGUCCUCGGGCCAGCACCUCUUCUCCGCCAUCAGCACGGGCAGGGCGGUCGUCUACAUCGACGGCGUCCAGGUCUUUGAGCGCCCGCAGGAGACCAAGCUCAAGCCCGAGUCCUUUUAUUUCUAUAAGCGCCAGCUCGAGCGCCGCUUCACCCACGAGAUGACCGCGGGCAGGCGUUACUCGGUCCGCAUGGACUCGUGGGCGGCGGACCGGGCCAUCCUCGACGCGCCGCCGCUCAACGGCAAGAUGUUCCAGGGCAGCGCGGUACGGUUCUACGAGCAUAUUGAUCUCGCGGCGCGGCUGCGCGAGGCCUCAGAGGCCGCGGCGGCGUGCGACUACGCCGUCGUGUGCACCGGCACGAUCAACGAGAUCGAGUCGGAAGGGUUCGACCGGACCGACAUGGACCUGACGGCGGCCGAGUACGACAUGGUCGACGCCGUGCUCGCGGCCAACCCGGACCGGUCCGCCGUGGUCAACUUCUCGGGCGCGCCCGUCGGGAUGGCGCAGUUUGCCGACCGCAGCCCGGCCAUUGUGCAGGCGUGGUUCCCGGGCCAGGAGAUGGGCGACUCGGUCGCCGCCGUGCUCUCGGGGGACGUGAACCCGGGCGGGCGGCUGCCGCUGUCGUGGCCCAGAAAGGUCGAGGACAACCCGGCCUAUGACAAUUUCCCCUCGCACAACAACAUCCUCCGCUACGAGGAAGCGCUGAAUGUUGGAUACCGAUACUAUGACCGGGCAGACGUCGCCGCCAAGCCGCUGUUCCCGUUCGGCUACGGGCUGUCGUACACGACCUUUGCCGUGCUGGGCGCCGGCAUCACGCAGCAGCGCGUCCUGUUCGCGGCCGCUGACGCGAACAUCGGCAUCACGGUGACAGCGAGGGUGCAGAACACCGGCGGCCGCGCGGGCAAAGUCGCCGUGCAGUUCUACGUCGCCGACUGCAACAGCGGUGAUGCGGCCAUCGGCGGUGGCGGCGGCGGCGGUGGCCACGCCAGGCCGCCCAAGGAGCUGCGGGCCUUUGAAAAGGUCGCGCUCGAGGCCGGCGAGGUGAGGGACGUCGUCCUGACGCUGGACAGGGACUGCGUGAGCUGCUACGACGCGGCGCGGAUGUGCUGGGAGGCGCGGCCGGGAGCGUACAAGGUGCUCGUCGGGCUUUCGAGCGCGGACAUUACGCACAGUGUCGACCUUACCCUAGACAAGGGGUUCACGUGGACUGGUGUCUGAGCGGCUGGACGUUGCUCGGUGAGGUCUUCCCUGCCCAAGACUAUGAAAUCAUCUUAAACAAUACGCACAUCGCAGACAUAGAAUGCACCA